AUUUGCUGCUGAUUGUCACUCUCCACAUUUUCUACGUUUACCUUGUCUGCGCCCGUCUUCUCCACGUCAACCUCAAAAGCCUCCACUCUCUCUUCCUCCUCUUCAGGGGGCAGAAGUGGAACGUGCUGCGGCGGCGGGUGGACUCUGCAGACCUGCAAAUGGACCAGCUGCUGAUAGGGUGCAUUUUGUUUACAAUAACAGUUUGUCUUUUUCCAACAACUUUGCUGUUUUAUGUUUCUUACAUGUUGAUUUGGCUGCUGAUCUUCAGCACCCACUCCGUUCUCAAAAUGUCUCUUUUUCUCUUUUUGUCUUUCCCCACUUCUCUCCUUCUUUUCCGCGCCAGGGCCCCCCACUUGCUGACAGCAGGGGUCUCUUUCGAGCCCCUCACGGCCUUGAAAUCGGAGACAAACUGCAGCAGCAGCAGCAGCAGCAGCAGCAGCAGCAGCGGCGGCGGCGGCAGCAGGCGCCUGCAGCUGCAGCCGCACAAGCAGAAGACGCGCGGCGGCCGCAGCGGCCGCGGGUCGGUGUCUGCUGCGAAGCCAGGGAAGGCUGUCGAGCCCGCAGCAGCAGCAGCAGCAGCAGCAGCAGCGCGGAGCAGCAGCAACGUGUACUUCAUGCUGUGCGCGCGGCCAAUUACUUACGCAGACAUUCUGUGGCCCCCUAUUGCUGCUGCUGCGCGCAGCACUUUGGCUCCUCUCCAUCCUUCUGCACUUUUGCCAAAAAUCCUCCAGGGAGAUAUUGUGAGGCUGUCUCGCCACAACGCAGCAGCAGCAGCAGCAGCAGCAGCAGCAACGCAGCACUGA